UGCGCAUCGUUUGGUUGUACACUCCGAACAUGAGAGCGGAGAAUCCCAAAUUACUUUAAUGGACUCUUCUCUGCUGCAGCGCUACCGUCACGAUCGCCGGAACCUCCUCGAUUUCAUACUCUCAUCAGGUUUGAUCUCAGAUGUUCCAACUUCUUCUGCUUCCGAUUUCGAUUUUGAUGCUAUCAGCGCUGAUUAUGUCCUCGAAUGCAUACAAUCCGGCGGUGGAGCGUUUGACAUUUCUAAAGCAACUAUGAAGCACACUGAUGAAUCUAUGUUUCCGACAAUGAUACACUCCCAAUCAGGGGAUUCAUUUUUUCUUCUGUCUGCACCAGACUCUGCUGGAUCUCCACCUCGACGUGUACCACCCUCAGUUGAGACCAACCGUGCUCACCGUGAUAGACCGCAUAUGUCUACCCCCCCAGAUUCCUUCACUGGUUUGGAAGCAACUAUUACUGGGUAUGAUUGUGGGGUAAAUCAUUCAUAUACCGUACCUUCAAGUUCAAAUUUUGCAAAGAAGACGGACAUACCUUCUCUAGGACUCCCUGCUUUAAGAACAGGGUUAUCGGAUGAUGACUUACGGGAAUCAGCCUAUGAAGUACUGCUUUCAUGCAUUGCUUUUUCUGGGAUUGCAAUUCAUUCUUUGGAGAACCCGAAGAAAGAUAAGGGCUCUAGAUUUCUGACUGGGUUAAAAAGUAGAAGGGAUAGAAGACACCACAGGUCCCACUCUGUUGAAAACCAUUUCGAGCACAUUGACACCAUUCGCGUUCAAAUGCAGAUAUCAGAAGCAAUGGAUGAAUGCAUUAGGCAAAGGUUGAUGCAGUUUUCUAUGAGGAAAUUACAUGUACAGGUUGAUAUUCCUCAAAUCUCAAUUGAGCUCUUAAGUGGCAUACAACAGAAUGAUUUUCUGGUUGAAAGGUCUUACACACAAUGGAGGAAACGCCAGGCAAAUGUUCUGGAAGAACUUUUCUCAUCGGUCAGUUAUCCUGAAAUGCAAGAACUUGGCAUUUUACUUGACAAGAUCAGGAAUCCAGAGGAAUGGAACAUCAUCAUGACUCCUGCUGAACGUUCGGAAGUCCUACUAGCUAUCAGACAGGUUGCAUCGUUGCUCUCAUCUAUGCAGGGGAGUUCUAGUAUUCAAGGUGGAUCAUCUUACUGGAAUGCUGGUUAUCACUUAAAUAUAAGACUCUAUGAGAAGUUGCUGUUUGGAGUAUUUGACAUUCUGGAUGAAGGCCAACUCAUCGAGGAACAUGCUGAAUAUUUAAAGCUUAUCAAGUUGACUUGGGCUACACUAGGCAUAACUCAGAAAAUGCAUGAUGCUUUGUAUGGAUGGGUGCUCUUUCAGCAGUUCAUCGAGACAGAAGAAAUGCUACUUCUUGAUCAGGCGAACCUUCAAGUGCAGAAAGUUUUGUCUGCUAAUUAUGACAAAGGAAACGAGGACCAUUGUAAGGACAACCUAAUGUGUAUGGUUGUCUACAAUGGUACUGAAACCAGAUUGAGCUUGGUGCAAGCAAUAUUUCGAUCAAUAAAUGUGUGGUGUGACAGAAGACUGCAAGAUUAUCACCUACAUUUCAGUGAGAAAUCGUCUUUCUUCCAGAGGCUGGUUUCCAUGGGCUUGGCUGUUGGAACAGAUAAUUCUGGUACAGGCAACAAAGUCAAGGUUGGUCCAUCUGCCAAGUCUUUUGAUUUUCUUUUCCAGCUUAUAAAUUCUGAUGCUAUCGGGGAGACUGCUGCAUUUAGGGUUAGGGUGUAUGUUGAAAGAUCUGUUGAAGCUGCAUGCAAGCGGGUAGAAGAUGCCAUAAACCUCAUAUCUAAACUAGAGGGGAAGCAUCCAUUGGCUUUGCUUGCAAGUGAACUAAGAAUGAUCAAUGAAAGAGAACGGUCUCUGUAUUCGCCUGUCCUUUGCCAAUGGUGUCCAGAUGCAGGGAUGGUUGUCUCCCGACAUUUGCACCAGUUUUAUGGAAAAAGACUGAAGCCAUUUCUAGAUGACAUAUCCCUUUCUGAAGAUGCUAUAUCAGUGCUUUCUGCAGCUCAUCACUUGGAGCUUGACUUGAUUCGAUCUCCCAAUUCUGAAGAUGAAGAAAAUGGUGUUGGGUCAUUUUCCAUUAAUGAAAUUGAUUUCUAUCAGAUUCAUAAAAUAAGCCGACCGAUCGUGCUUGAUUGGCUAAUCUCGCAGCAUGAACGCAUGCUGGAAUGGACAGGACGUGCAUUCCACCUUGAGGUCUGGGAACCCCUAUCAAAUCAACAGAAACAAGCAGCUUCAGUUGUGGAAGUUUUUAGGAUUGUAGAGGAGACAGUGGAUCAAUUAUUCAGGCUAAGUCUUCCAAUGGAUAUCUCACACUUGCAAGCAUUACUUUCAAUAAAUUUCCAUGCCCUGGAUGGCUAUUUGCUAAAAUUGGUUAGCCAGUUAGUUGAGAAGCACCAUCUAUAUCCUGCUGCUCCUCCUUUGACUCGUUACAAGGAGACAAUGUUCCCAAUAGUCAAGAAAAAGGUGGUUGAGAGUGUACUUCUUGAUGAGGAAGUGGACGAAAAAUUGAGAGGGUUGACAGUCAACAAGCUCUGUGUCAGAUUAAACACUCUUCAAUAUAUGCAGAAGCAAAUUAAUAUACUGGAAGACGGCAUUAAAAAGUCAUGGGCAUCUAUGGGACCUGGAAAUAGUAGAGACUGUAAAGAACCUCCAGGAACUACAGAUUUUAUACUCACAGAUAGUGAAUCAGUUGAUGAACUAUUUGUAGCAACCUUUGACAGCAUCAGGGAUUCCGUAGCUGAUGCUAUCAGAAAAAUCUGUGACUUAGUUGGAACCAAAAUUAUCUUCUGGGAUUUGAGAGAUUCAUUUCUUUUCCGUCUAUAUCAUGGUACUGUUGAAGGAGCUCGAUUGGAAAAUUUGCUUCCACAACUUGAUAGUAUCCUCAACCAUGUAUGUGGUCUAAUUGAUGACGCACUUAGAGACAUGGUGGUGGCUAGUAUUUGUAGGGCGGCGCUGGAAGGCUAUGUAUGGGUACUGCUGGAUGGAGGACCUUCCUGUGCAUUUUCUGAUUCAGAUAUCACCAUGAUGGAAGAUGACCUUAAUAUGUUAAAGGAUCUUUUUGUUGCUGAUGGAGAAGGUCUUCCACGUUCACUAGUCGAGGUGGAAUCAAAACUUGCCCAUCAAAUUUUGAGCCUUUUCUCUCUAGAUGCUGAAUCAGUGAUCCAUAUGUUGAUGAUGGCAAGCGAAUACUUGUCGACAGGAUUUGAAUUGAGAAUUAGUGGACAGAGAUCCUUGGAUGAUGCUAACACCUUAAUACGGGUUUUAUGCCAUAAGAAGGAUAGAGAAGCCUCGAAGUUCUUAAAAUUGCAAUAUCACUUGCCUGCAUCUUCAGAUUAUAUUGAUACACCAUCGUUCGAGCCAACUCCAAAAUCACCGAUUGGAGCCGAGUUUUUAAAAAGUGCAUCAGCCCGAUGGGGCGAGAAAGGUAACAGCAGCUUUAGAUUGUUAAAAAAGAGGUUUCAGGAAGUGCAAGGAGGUUCAUUUAGAUGGAGUUAGAUGCUCCAUAUGUUUUCAUAAAACCGCUCAAGAUAUCAAUUUUCGCAUUCGGCAUUUUAUUCAUUCAUAAUGUGUACAAGUGACCAUAAAACACACAAGUUAGCCUAGAGUGUAGCUUAUAUAUCCUGUCUGAAUGAAGUAGGUGGGGAGAGACUUUUUAGCGUCAUGUUUGACAACCAUAAGCUGCAUCAUUUUUUGAGUUACCGAAAGUAUCUCAUUUGGUUAGUCGGUUCUUGAAAAA